AGAGGGAGAUUGUGCUGCUCUGUGCGUGCUGGAGGUGCUGAGCAGGAGCUGGUGAAGGAUGGAGCAGGGAGGUGGGCCCGGGGCUGGUAAGGGGGGUGUGGGAACUGCAGUGGGAACUGCACGGGGCUAUGAACCCCUCUGGGUGUGCGGGGAAGGAUGCGUACAGUGCGUGGCAUAGCACAGCUGGUUAACUAUAUGUUUUAAAGAGUAGGAAUAUUUAAAAACUCUAUGCGUGUAAACAUACAGAUGUGCUUGCUUGUGUGUGUGUGUGCAUAUAUGUUUGCAUACAUCUUUGUUUAAAGACUGCCUGAUCAUCGUUUUAGCAGGGAAGACAUCUGUCUUCGCUUGGGCUGGAGCGUUACCACGUUCCACGUUCCUCCUGCCCUGGAUUUCACAACGCCUCCUCUCACGUCUCCCAGCUCCGCACUGCUCCAGGGCUCAGGCCUGGCUGCCCACCCCCAGGGCUGCCCCUGUCCCUGGGAUGUGCCCAAUGCUAUCCCUGUCCCAUCCCACGGCUCUUCCACCUCUCCUGGAGGCAGCAGCCGAAACGCACUGCUUUGCUUUUGCGCAGGGCUGACACGUUGCAUUACAUAUCUGCAGCCAUCCCCUGAUUCCGGGCUGUAGCUACGCAAUCAAGCUCUCCAGUGCAAUAAUUCCAAGCCCUCUCUUGAUUCCUGUAUUAAAUAAAGUACAUUUACAGAGUAUAUGAAUUCCAGAUUCAGCCUGGGACUCCAGGGACGCAUAUUCCUCUCCUGGAACUUGUAUAUCCGGUCCUAGGAUGAAAACCCCCCUAAGCCCUGAGCGUAACAAGCAUUUCUUGUGUUGUUUUUUUUUUUUUUCCUGUCUCUGUCACAUUGGGCAUGUAGUGUGUGCUGGGCUGAUAAACAGCAUCUGGUUGGAGUCAGGCUUUCCUGUCAACGUGCCACUCAGCCCUACUGCUCUGGGUUUGACUGACACUCGGCGGUCCUCCCCGCUCGUGCUUGGGGCUUCCUCCCGGAAAACGACUGGGAACAUCAGGGUUGCAACUGGAAGGUUGUGUUUCCGACUGAUUUGCAAGGCUUGGGGAGGCGCUGAGAUUUGCAUCGUUCUGCAACAGCCGGGAUCAAAGGUGCAGCUCAGAAACGUGAGGCGUUUUGGAGCAACCUGCAAAGCAGCUGAGGAAGGCGUGGAGCUGGGAGAGCGCAGACAGACAGCGAUAGAAGACUGAAUUGCUCCGUGCGUUGAGCAAUUAAGCCAAGCCGAACGGGGCAGCGUGAACAAAGCGAUGGGGAAAUCACUGAGGCACAAAGCUGAGCUCACUGACCGCGAUGUGGUGAGGGGGCUCAAUAAGGGUCAAUUAAGCUCCCACCGCACCGCCUGGCAGACGGAAUUAAGUGCCAAUUUUCUGCACUGCUGCAGAGGCAGAGCAUUAAAAUGAUAAAUAACAGGAAGUUUCAGCCAAAAAGAAGGAGCAAGUUGGGAGAUGGGAGUUUGAGGCUGAGCCGGCAGUGAGACAGCCCUGAGCACCACUGCCCUCUGCCGCAGCCGCAGCGCUCUCCUCUACAGCAAACCCACGAGGGUGGGUGGAUGGAAGCACGCAGACCCGCGGCUCCUGGCCGGGUAGUGGGCUGCUCUGCUUAGUGCACCCCGAUGGCUGCGGGGUGUGCCGAGGUUUUGCCUCCAGCUCGUUGGGAAGCACAUUUUUCGGCCAUAGGUGGGAUGCUGCAGCACUGAGAGCGUGGUGAAGGAGCAGAGCCCUUCCUUCUAACCGAGGUAUCCACGCUCUGCUCGGGGCCAGCAGGUGCAGGCAAAGCUCCCAUUAGGGCAGACGGUUCCUGGGCUCUCAUACGUGUGCGUGGCACAGCUGUGCUCGUGCAGCUCCCCGACCUCCUCCUCCUCCUCCUUUUUGCAGCAGGUGGGAACGCAGAGCGGCUGCUUUCGUUCUCAUUGCCACGCAGGGUCUGAGCAGUUGCUGCGGGUCGUGGGGAUCUGGGAACAAACGCCGGGCUGGGAAAGCAGAUUGCGGUCCGUUUGUGGAGGUUCCCGGGCUGAGCGCAGCUCUUCUCUCCCCGCGCUACGCUUUCUGAGCUGAAAUGGCCGCUGCCGCCCGCAUUGCUGCUCCUGGCGCUCCCUCUGCAGGGAGCACAGCGCCAGCGGGGCCGCAUCCAUCUCCGCUCGCAGCAGCCACGCACCGGCACUCGGAGUGCGGUGGAAGUGAUUUCUGUGCGUGCGUGCGGAGCGCUGAGCCCCGGCUUUUGGGGCUUUCUGGGAGCACACCGUAAUUUGGGCGACCUGGGGGCUGCGAUGCCCUUUCCGGGGUCCAACGAACGGGGGCAGGUGGGGUUUGCCCCAGGGAGGGCAGGAGCUCCCGGGAUGGGGUGUGGGAUGCAGGGAUGCUCUCCUGCCAGAGCCCAGCAAGAGCAGCACUCCCUCCCUGCCGCAGCCCUGGAGCUGCAGCUCCCGCUCUCUGUAAGCAGGGAGGUUCCCUCCCCGCCAGGGGCCAGGCUGCCAAAUUCCAGCCAAGAGCACAUUUUUACAGCAUGACAGCAGUGAGGCCCGGCGCGGGAUGCAGACGGGAGGGCCGCGGUACCGGCAGUGCCAUGCGUGGAUGGCUCACCCAGCACUGCCUGCCCCGCCGUUUUCCUCUCCCUUCUCGGGGAAGGCACGCCAGACAUUACAAAACAUCCUUUUUCCUCUUGCUCGGGGUGCGCCAAGGUCCCCUGACGCUGCCUGGCCCUCCCCACCCCGUCCAUCCCCUUCCUUCCUCCGUGCUCCUUUUCCAGGCAGCAGCUUUCUGAGGAGCUCCAGGACAGGUGGCAGAGAGUGACGGUGCCGGGACGGAUCUGUGCUGGAAAGCGUGGCCCUGCUGGACAGGAGCGUGGCAGCCGCAGGAGCCGGUCUGGCUGGAUGUGUAGGCAGCGAUUCCCAGCUAGCCUUGAAAGUGGUAAUUCCUCACUCUUUUCCCCCCCCUCGGCAGCUCGGACUCCGAAGGUAAUUAUGAGACCCCCGAAGCAGAAACACCGACCUGCUCACCACUAAAGGAGCCCAGCGAGCUGCAGCCCGAGGCUGGGACCCGAGGGCUCAGCGGCCAUGGGGAGCUGCAGGGAGGGGAGCAGCGCCCCGAAGAGGAGGCUCAGCCCGAGGUCGGGGCCCCUCCGUCCGACACGGGGACAGAAAGCGGCCCUGAAGACCCGGCUGUGACGCAGCCGCCGGCUGAAGCCCGGCCACCGGCGCCCCAUGUGGGCACAGCCGGGUGUGAGCAGGUCAUGUCGGGAGGGGACGCGGCUGAUGCUGGUGUGAGGCUGACAGAGCCAGAAGGGGAUGCUCUGGCACAGGAGAGCUCACCCUGUCAGCUCCAGAAGGGAAAGCUGCCUUCCCAAGGGAGCAAAGGAGGGGAAAGCACGGAGUCUGCCCCCAGCGAGGAGCCUUCAUUGCCCCCGGCCUCAGACCCUGAGCAGUACAUCGAGGCCAACAGUUCUGUCAUGGCAGAGGGCUGCAUGCUGCAGAGCUGCCCGCCGGACCCCCAUUGCCUCCCACUGAGUGAGCCUGGGGGGGACCCGGGUUCCCAGCCCCCAGAGCAGCUCCCAAAAGCUGAAGUCGAUGCCACAGAAGGUGGGGAUGGUGUGGAGACACGAAGAGCCUCACCAAGGAAGGCCAGCAGGAUCCCGGCCAGCAAGCUGACUCCAAAGAGGCACAGGAGGCCCAUGGAGGACACAGAGAAAGGUCUCCAGGGCCCCCCCAGGGCCUCCCCUGCGCCGUGGGACAGCCCUGAGCUCGGCUCCUUUGGCAGCAGCUCAUCACUGCAGCACUCUCCUGCUCUCCCCAAAGGCUCUUACCAGUUCGACCCCAAUAACUUUGACUCCGUGGAUCCCUUUAAGCCCACCAAGACCCUCAGCAGCAGCACCACCUACUGCUGCCCCGCGGCUGACAACAGCCUGAAUGAGAUCCUGGAGUCCCAGACGCUGGAGGAUGAGCUGGAGAGGAGCAGAGGCUCCCCACAGAAGGCCAAAUCGCGUCUGAUAACGACUACUGAACAAGUGAAAUUUCUCUGUUUUCUGUUGAGCGGCUGCAAGGUGAAGCAGUACGAGACGCCGGCGCUGGUGCUGGAUGGCUGUGCUCAGGAUGAGGGAACGCUGAUCUCAGAGAUCCCAGGCAUUGCCACUCGGGAUGGACACGCCACCGAUGAGGAGAAGCUGGCAUCCACCACCUGCACACAGAAAGCAGCCGGGCUGGAGAAGAAGGGAGAGCCCGAGGAUGACCUGGAGUACUUCGAGUGCUCCAACGUCCCCGUGCCGGCGGUGAAGCCCGGCGUGGAGGCAGGCUUAGAGAAGGAGCUCUCCAAGCAUACAGACAAGGAUGGAUCUGUUGCCUUCCCCGGCCAUCCCGGGCUGUGCCUGGCAGACAAACCCCCCCCAGCCAUCACCAGUGGCAGCAGAAGCGACAGCCCCUUGGACAGCAUCUGCCUGAACGCCUCCGAGAAGGCGGCUGUGCUCACACUCAUCCGGGAGGAGAUAAUCACAAAGGAGAUCGAAGCCAACGAGUGGAAGAAGAAGUAUGAGGAGAGUCGUCAGGAGGUCCUGGAGAUGAGGAAAAUUGUGGCCGAGUACGAGAAGACCAUUGCCCAGAUGAUAGAGGAUGAGCAGAGGACAAAUAUGACCUCCCAAAAGAACCUGCAGCAGCUCACCAUGGAGAAGGACCAGGCGCUGGCAGACCUCAACUCUGUGGAGAGGUCCCUGUCGGAUCUGUUCAGGAGAUACGAAAACCUGAAGGGUGUCCUGGAAGGCUUUAAGAAGAAUGAAGAAGCCCUGAAGAAGUGUGCCCAGGAUUAUUUAAACCGUGUCAAGCAAGAGGAGCAGCGAUACCAGGCCCUGAAGGUCCACGCGGAGGAGAAGUUGGACAAAGCCAACGAGGAGAUCGCCCAGGUGCGCACCAAGGCCAAAGCAGAGAGCGCAGCGCUGCACGCGGGGCUGCGAAAGGAGCAGAUGAAGGUGGAGUCCCUGGAGAGAGCCCUGCAGCAGAAGAACCAGGAGAUCGAGGAGCUGACCAAGAUCUGCGACGAGCUGAUCGCGAAGCUGGGCAGGGCAGACUGAGCUCACCGCCCCAGCGCUCCGCACCCGGCUGCUUUUCUCCUACCUUCGAGCACUUUGCCUUAUUAUUACCCCGGAGCAACCCCGCAGAAAGCACACACGUGGCUGCUGCACCCCAGGUGUGAGGGUGGCCACUCCCACGUGCUGUCACUGUCCUCACGUGCUGCAUGGCACAGCUCCAGGGCACUCGUGGGGCGUUGUUUGGAGCUCCAGGGAAGGGGCUCUGCUUGGAGCUCCUUUCCCCGCUCAGCACGGCGAGGCACAGAGCAGCAGUCACUCUCUGGGUCUUGCACUGCUGUCACCGAUCCCCCUGCAGCACUGCAUAAUAAGGGAAGCAAACAAAGCCGGCCUUUACAGGGAAAGGCAGAUCCAGGCAGCAUUUCCAUGCAGGCUGCCUGCUGCAUUUUAGAGGUGGUUACUUCUUGGUGAGCCCAGGAGAAGUGCUGAGGCUGAGGCUCCUUCCCUCACCGCACACAGACAGCCCUGAGGUGGCAGAUAAGAGAAAUAAAUGCUGUUGGACUGUUUCCUACCUAGCCUAGCUAAAACCUUAGCAAACCUUUUUGCUGCUACCUUUUUGUAAAAGAAUUGAGCUGUUUUCCUUCUAUUUUCUAACCCCUGCGUUCCGCAUGCAGUGCAGACAUCUGUUAAGGCAGAGCCAUACACCGGAGAUAUAUUUUAUUAGUUAUGUAUAGAAAGGAUUUAUUACACAGGCAUAAAGCCUGGGCACAUGCAGGGUCCCCACCCGCUCCCACUGACCCAGCAAGGGGGAUGAUGGCUGAUGCUGUGUGCCUGCAGUGUUGUGUUGAACGUUCACCUGUUUCCUUUCCUUUGCUGGGGAGUCACACUGCCAACCACAGCCUGCUGCAGCACAGCUCCCCUCACCAGCACCGGGGUGGCCACAGCCUGGCACCACUCUCUUCCCUUCUUCUCCCAGGUGUUGAGCUCCACAGCAGCCCUCCCAGCCCCAGGGUGGCUGCAGGGCUGCGGGGUGGUGGUGGCAACCAGGAGCGAUGCCGGCACAGAGAGAUCAAAUCCUCGUGAUGCACGCAUUGCUCAGCACCUUCCCAGAACCACACAGAGCACACUGAGUGCUGCGACCUUCCUACAGCACAGAGCUGUGUGGAAGACAGAGCUGUCCCUGCAGCAGUGAUGUGAUGUGGCAGCAUCCUCACACCGCUCUGCUCCCGCUGUCCCAUGGCCACACUGCUGCUGCCUCCGCUACCUGCGUGCCGUUGCGUUUCUGUGCCUCUCAGCAUGCACGUACAAUCUGGGCAAAGAUUCCUAAGGAAUGAUUUAUUAACUAUAAUAUGGUUAUAGUUGCAUAUAUAUAAAUACAUACAUACCAGCCGUCGUUAUCUAUAACUGAAGGCACAUUUUAAGUUCACAUGGGCAAGACUGCUGCGUCCCCUGUGCUACUCCCCAAGAGCCAACGCUGCAGCACUGCUGUGGUCCCCUCUCCUGCGGCAGCAGCGAUGUGUCCCUUUCAGCAGCAGGGUGCCCAUGAGCGCAGUGUUGCUGUGUGUGCGUUCGCCCGUAGAUCUUUUGCCUGCAGUGAAGUGCCAAUGAGUGCCCACCCCGACUGCUCUCCGCUCCCACCGCAUCCCUCCAUCCUCCCCCCCUUUGCGUUGACUACUGCCAGGAUCGCUCUGUACACCAUCCGUCACUGCCAUCAGCAUCGAUUUUGUACGUACAGUAAUUUCCCUUUUAUAUGUCAGGUAAAUAUUUGUAAGAGUUAUACUCACACAAAGGAGAUUAUUAUGAUGAUUACUAAUAUAUUUUUUUUCCAUGUUUCAUUGCCUGAGUAAAAAUGGUGUUUAUCACUCUUGAAA